CAAAAGUCUGCCCUACAUUCCUAUGUUAUAUUUUUCCUAUUCAUAUAUGAUGGUUUAAGUAGGUCAUUUUGGGAUAAAAUGUUCUAGACUCUAAUGCAUUCAUACCUCUAUUAUGAGUCGCUGUAUUGGGCUCAGGAAUCAUGUGUUUUCAUUUGCACAUGCUCAAGCCCCUUCACCAGGAAAAGAUAACUUCCUUUAGCCAUUUUCAAGAUGACUCUUUCAUUAGGAUAGGAAGCCUCUCCAGAGGCCUAUCUCGGUUUUUUCCCCUGGUGGUGAGGUGGGUAAACCCUGGACCCCGGCCUGGGACUAACCCACAUUAUGCAAAAGCGAAAUCUGAAAUACCACGCGGCAACCAAUGAAGGGUCAGAAAAUGCGCUUUCGGUGAAGUACGAGAGGCGGUACUUCCGGUGUCCGCAAGGGAGGCAUUUUGUCUGGACUCAGGUUACCGUCGGUACCUUAUCGGAGAUUCCAGAUCGCUAGUUUCUAGUGAAGAUUCCCCGAGGGAAAAGCCGGGAGAGCUGUGGUGCACACAGCACACGCGCGGGUGUGAAGAUGGACGUGGUAACGCGGGUGACCCGCUCCAUGGCGGGGACAGGGACCGCCCUUCCCGCGGAUGCCUCUUCUCCCGCCGCUCCCGCCCUGCUACCUCCACUGAGUGCAAUGGCCGCAUCCGCACUGAGUCGCUGGGCUGAGGUUGGGGUGACCUUUGAGGACAUUGCCCUGUACUUCUCCAGGGAGGAAUGGAGCCUCCUUGAUGAGGGUCAGAGACAGCUGUACCUGAAUGUGAUGCUGGAGAACUUUGAACUUGUAUCCUCCCUGGGUUGCUGCUGUGGAGCAGAGAAUGUGGAGGCACCUUUUGAAGAGAACAUUUCUGUAAGAGUGUCACAGGCAAUGAAUGCCAAGUUAGCUUUGUCUUCCCAGAAGAGCCACCCCUGCGAGAUACUAGUUUUGAGAAACAUUUUCCACUUGACUCAUCAGCAGGUAUUACAACACAGGGAGAUACUGUUUAGGUGUGGGGCAUGUUCAAAACAAUUUUAUUUCAGUGCACAGUUUCACCAGCACCAGCAGCAGUACUUGAGAGAGAAGCCUUUGAUAAGAGGGGUGAACAGUGUCUCACUUGAAAACAGCUGCAAUUUCAAUGUGUUUCAGAACCUUUUUACCUGUGGAGAGGUGGAGCAGUACAUCCUUAGCAUGGCAGGCCAUUUCCAGCAAAAGGAUACUCAGAUCAGUGACAAGCCAAAUGGUAUCUCAAUGUGUGGGGUGACAUAUCAAGGGAAAAAUAAUUAUUUUACUACAAAAGAAAGUAAGAAAGCCAUUGGCUAUAACUACACAUGUAUUUGGGACAGCGGUGUCCCUACUGGCCAAGCAUAUUUCUGUUGCCGUGAAUGUGGAAAAUAUUUUGCCGAAUUUUCUACUUUUUGUUACCAUCAGAGAUUUCAUGCAGAAAAAAAGCUUUCUGAGCACAGUGAAUUUGGGAAUUCUUUUACCAGUAUUACUGGCCUCCUUUCGCAUCAGAGUUGUCACAAAGGUGAAAGGCCUUAUCAAUGUAUUGAAUGUGGAAAAUCUUUUACCAGGAUGUGUUUUCUUCGUGACCAUCAGAUAGUUCACACUGGAAAAAUGCCUUAUGAGUGCAGUGAAUGCGAAAAAUCUUUUACCUGUAAAAGUGGCCUCCGUUACCACCAGAUGAGAGUUCACACUGGAGAAAGGCCUUAUGAGUGUAAUGAAUGUGGGCAAUCUUUUGUCAGUAGUAGUGGCUUCCGUUAUCAUCAGAAAUUGCACACUGGAGAAAGGCAUAAGUGCAAUGAAUGUGAGAAAUCUUUUAACAGUAUCUAUCAUCUUCGUUAUCAUCAGAGAGUUCAUACUGGAGAAAGGCUUUAUGAGUGCAGUGAAUGUGGGAAAUCAUUUGUUCAGAAACAUGGCUUCCAAUGUCAUCAGAGAAUUCACACUGGAGAAAAGCCUUAUGAGUGCAGUGAAUGUGGGAAAUCAUUUACUCGGAAUAAUGUCCUUAAUCGUCAUAAGAGAAUUCACACGGGGGAAAAGCCUCAUGUGUGCAGUGAAUGUGGAAAAUCCUUUACCUGUGGAAGUAGCCUUCGUUACCAUCAGAUGGGAGUUCACACUGGAGAAAGGCCUUUUGAGUGCAGUGAAUGUGGGAAAUCUUUUACCAGUACUAGUGCCUUCGUCGUCAUCAGAAAGUUCACACUGGAGUAAGGCCUUAUGAGUGCAAUGAAUGUGGAAAAUCUUUUAUCAGUGGUAGUAGCUUCCGUCGUCAUCUGA